GGGAAGCUACUACAGUAGUGCUGGCUCUUCUUCCUCGCUUUGUCACAUCGCUUCCGCCUCAGCCUCUGCUGAUCUGAAUUCUGGUCCAGGACAUACCGAUACGAGCGCGUCCAUGAGGAGGGGAGGGUCUGAUUUCUUGGGUGUUUGCUGGAAUUGGUAGCCGACUGUCGGAGUCAAGCUUCGGAUCAAGCUUUUCGCGCAGGAUCCGUGAUCGUGGAGCUGGGAAGCCUCUCGGUCGUUUUUUCUGGAAACUUUAAGGUUCGGUACAUGCCAGUCUUGUUGCCAAACUUGGGAAGCAUGAGCUUGAUCUGAUCGUCCCCGAGUUGAGCAGUGAGCACCAUGUGGAAGCAAUUUCUAAGUAAAUUACCUCGCAAGUCUUCUAAAUCCGAUCCUUCUCCUGUUUCCGCCCAUGCCCAUUCAGGAGGAAAUGCGGCGACGUCUUUAAACGGAAAUCGGAUCAGCAGUGGCAAUGUUGUUCCCUCCCGAUUCACCACCGUCAAGCGAACUGCGUCCGCCAUAUUCCCGUCAAGUGUCGUCACAAGCAUUGAACCUCUACUAUUAUUCAAAGAUGUGUCUAAUGCGGAAAAGAAGAAUCUUUUCAUCUGUAAGUUGAAUCUCUGUUGUGUCAUCUUUGAUUUCUCUGAUCCCAACAAGAAUCCAGCGGAGAAGGAUAUGAAACGGCAGGCACUAAUAGAUCUCAUUGAAUAUGUUGAUGCUGGGAGUUCUCGUUUCACUGAGUCCAUGAUUUCCGCUAGCUGUAAAAUGUUUUCUAGUAACUUGUUUAGGGCCUUCCCAUCGAAUACCCGAUCUGGUAUUGCUGGCGGUGAAACCGAAGAGGAAGAACCCCUGUUCGAACCAGCUUGGUCCCACCUGCAACUUGUCUAUGAUUUGCUGCUUAAGUUCAUAGAAUCCUCUUCACUUGUUGUUAAAAUCGGGAAGAAGUAUGUAGAUCAUUCAUUCAUUUUAAGACUGCUUCACCUCUUUGAUUCUGAGGAUCCUAGGGAAAGGGAAUGCCUGAAAGCAAUUUUGCACAGGAUCUAUGGAAAAUUCAUGGUGCAUCGUCCUUUCAUCCGGAAAGUGGUGAGCAACAUAUUUUACCAGUUUGUGUUUGAGACAGAGCGACAUAAUGGGAUUGCUGAAUUGUUAGAAGUUUUUGGUAGUGUCAUCAGUGGGUUUGCAUUGCCUCUAAAAGAGGAGCAUAAAAUGUUCUUGUGGAGGGUCCUAAUACCUCUGCACAGACCAAAGACACUUGGUGUGUAUCAUCAACAGCUGACUUACUGUCUGACGCAAUAUAUAGAGAAAGAGCCUCAGCUAGCAACUUCAGUUAUCAGUGGGUUGCUGAGAUAUUGGCCUGUAACUAACAGUCAAAAGGAAAUUAUGUUUUUAAGUGAGAUGGAAGAGAUCUUGGAAAUUACUAACGAAGUGGAGACCCAGAAGUGUCUGCUUCCAUUAUUUCAACGGAUUGCAUACUGCAUCAAGAGCUUUCAUUUCCAGGUGGCAGAGAGGGCCUUAUUCUUGCUGAACAAUGAUCACGUGAUUAGUCUGGCGUCGAGAAAUCGGCAAACAAUAAUGCCGCUACUUUUGCCUGCUCUGGAAAGGAACAUUCGCAGUCACUGGAAUCUACCUGUUUUGAACUUGACGAGAAAUGUGAAGAAGAUGUUAUGCGAGAUGGACGGAGAACUAUAUUUAGCGUGUGAAAAUAACUAUGAACAAGACGAACUGGAGCAAAAGAUGGCGGAGGAGCAGCGGAGGAGGACCUGGGAGCGCUUGGAGACCACCGCUGUCUUCCAGCCAUUAACUAUAAGCAUGCCUGCCCUGGUUACACCUGCAAUCGUUCCCCCAGUUGUUGCUGCUCUUUCUUGAAGCACUAGCAUGGCACGGGAGAAAAUUACAGAGCAACCUAGAUUAUGCAGGGUGUUUAUCGUUCCAUCGUCCUCCGGUCAAUAUGGUCAAAAUUGUUGCAGGGCCAAUGCGAAUGCAUGCUGGAUGAAUGGCAUCCAUUGUAUGUAAUAUGAUAUAUUAGGGGCAUAGACAGAUUGCCUUGUUCUUGUUUCCUCAUUCUGGCUUUUGAUCCGAGUUUGUCGAGAUCUCAGUUUGUUCAUACUUUAUGAGGUGAAGGUUCCAGGGCAAUUUGGAAAUAUAUUGGACUAAAUGUUCAGUCCAAUAUUGUAUUGCUGCGUCUAAUCCAAUUUUCUCGUUGGUGUGGUAAUUUAUCAAAAGUGUUCAGUGGGAUUUAGAAAA